AUGAAUAACGAGCAAAUCAAAAAAUCGAAGAGACAAGAAUAUGAUACUCAAAAUAUAUCUGUGAAAAGCAGUUUAAAUAAGUUUGACGCCCUUCAAAAACGAAACUUAACUGAAAUCCGAUCAAGGGAAUGUACUAAGGGUCAAGAUAUUUGUCAUGAUCAGACCGACCAGCAAGUGAACUGUAGACAAUGCUUUAAACCUGUGUACAAAAUGGAGGAAAUCAUCGUUCAAUUUAAGACAGAAAGUAUCUAUCACAAGUCCUGCAUGAGAUGCAAGGAUUGUUUGAAGCAAUUAAAAUUCGAUAAUUAUCAGAGCCACGAAGGUAAUCUAUACUGCAUGGUGCAUUUCAAAUUGCUUUUUGCACCUAAAGUUGUAGAGAAUGCAGAUGAGCCCAAGCCUCGGAAAACGGAACUAAUAAUUCGUGAAAGUCAGCCCACUGAACUGCCGCCUGACGUUGUGCGUGCAUCGGAUAAACCGGAUUUGGGGUUAGAUGAAUUGCAUCAACUAAAUGUCCGCUCAAGGUUUCAAGUAUUUGAAAAUGGACAACAGAAAAACAAGAAGAUCAACAACCAAAAAGUGUGUUUUAGACGAACCAAUUCCGUUUUAAAACAAUUCCGCUUCAACGAAAAUAAUCCAAAUGGCAAUAGCGAGUUCGAUGUCAAGGACAGUGAAGAUGCGGAAAACGAUGCUGACUUGAUACUUUCAAAGAAAUGCACACAAAGAGAGCGGCCUAUUGGCAUUGGCGAUGCCAUGAAUGAUAUCAAGACUCGAUUUGAGAACGGUAACACGCAAUUAAAGGAAGAACGCCGCGAAGAACGCAAGCACGAAAUUCAAAAUAUAAGAUCGCGCUUAUUCUUGGGCAAGCAAGCGAAAAUAAAAGAAAUGUAUCAGCAAGCUGUUGCCGAGUCAGAGCAGGUAAUUACGUCUGUUGGAAAAAACCGGAUGUGAAUAUUGCCUGAUGGAUGCGCGUUCCAUCAAAACCAAUUUGAGAAUGGCGAAAUUUUUGCCGAGAAAUCAGUGGACUCUAUGAGAUCGAAUGUGAAUGAGGACGCCGAAGUGUUUGAGUCCGGUAUGAUAGCCGAUAUUGAUGUUGUCAAAUGUAGUACACAAGCAGAAGACGUAAAAAUUGCAACAGAUGAAUUAAGUCAAAAGUUUAAGUUUUUUGAAACGUAUCGGGACAACGAUAAUAUAAAAAACACAUCACUGUUACGCACAACGCCACCACGGGAAGUUGCCAAGCUAUCAGCAAUAAAUUUCGAUACGGAAAACCUGGACCAGAAACAGAAAUCAUCCUUUUUUGAUAACGUGCUACAGAAAACCCAAACCACAUCCACUAUGCUAAAUAAAUUUCGUGAAAUGGAGCUGGAGAAAACCAGAGGUCCUCAAUUAAUGGGACCACGACCAUUAAAAUGUUUCACACCGCCUCCACUUGACGAUGAACAUCAUUAUAAUAUUUCAAGCGAAGAGGAUACGGUUGAGGAGGAAAGUGAUGAAUGUGAAAACGAUGAAGCUCUGGUGUUUAAUUUUAAAAAUGACGCUGCGCUCAUGGAGGCAAAAAAUGCUGCUCGGGCAAAGCAGCUUCGGGCCAAAUUUGAAAAAUGGCAAGACAAUGAAAUCAAACGAGAGCUAAAUGAAGGUUUGGUGGAUAUUUAUUCACAGCAGGUUUCAGACGAUUCCACAAUUGAGAGCGCCAAGACAAUUCGCGAGCGUUUUGAAAAUAUGGCAACCUUCGAAAGAAAAUCACAAAGUGGACCACGUAAUCCGAUAAAUCGUUUUGUCAACGUAUUAAUUUAUGUCUACCGAAAAAUAUUUGUGCUGACUGAAUUCAAAUGAUUUGUAAUAUCUUUCAUAGAAACAGAGUACUGCCAAAAAUGAAAAUUAAAACAUCUUAAAUGAUAUACUAAAUAAUCCACAGCGACCUUAGAACCAUAAUAUGGCGAAAAAGCUACUCUUUCAACUCGUGUUUAUGUUUAUCAACUCAAUAUUCCACAAUAAGAUUUGCGUUUUCUAAACGCAGCACCAACCAAGUUUCAUGACUAAUAAAAUAUGUUAUUGAUAUUGACAAUAUUUUGAAUAAAGCGUCGACUUCUUUUAGAUGGGUUCAACUUUCAUGGUGUGUUCUUUUGUUUUAAGUAUAUUUUGAAUGAAUUACAUACAUAUUUCUAUAUAUGAGAAAACAUUAUUGUAACUAUAAAACUCAAAUAUUGCAACGACAUAUGUAUUUAUUUUAUUCAUGAUGUGUAGUUUAAAUGUGGCAAAUACAAUUAAAUAUUUUCUAUUCUAUAGCUUUAUCCAUAAAUUCCAGGAAUCUUUUGGCAUAUUGUUCAGGAUCACAUGUUGAUAUUCCAUCAACAUUACUACCGUAUUUAACUGUCUUUGCCGCUUUUGCUGCCUAAUAUACCAUAUAAAUUAAAAUAAGAUUAGUAAAUAAAUGCAUGUUUGGAUUUGUUACCUGCUUCUUGACUCCAUAUUGUGUGAGAACAUCGAUUAUUGCAAUAAAAUAGAUUUCUCGUCUUUCUGUAAACCAGUUCAUUGUUCGUUUAGACCAUCUUAUAUAACAUACUCGCAUUCGAUAACAUACCUUCAAUACUUGGAAUAGCAUAGAUGUCGACUUCAUAAACAACUUCCUUAUAUUGCGCACCUCUUGGCGAAUCGGGUGGUGUGUUAUACGUCCAGCUUAAAAUUAUUUAUUUUGUACUUUUAGUUAUAGCUAAGAAAAGUUAUUUUUCAACUUACCGUUCACCACUAUCGCAUUCUUCGCUUUCGCUAUUCUCACUGCGUCCAGUUGCUAAAGUGCUGUCUCCAUGGAGAGCCUCUUCCUCAGCUCGCACACAGUCAUGUAUACCAACCAGCAAAGAAUAAUCCAUAAUGUGCAGCUUUAUUAGAAGCUUUAGCAAUAUACCAUUAACGUUAAUAGUCAUCUGAUAAUCUUUCUUGCUUAAACUCGCUCAGAGUGUAUAGAGCAAUGUAGCUCUUUCUCACGAACCUACUAAAUUAAUUAGGCAUGCCACAGAAAUCACUAGUGAUUUAAAAAUACACAAAACGUCGUAUCCUUGAAAAAUUUCGCAUUGCCACAUUGUUCAGAAUGAUUAAUCUUUUUUGUUUU